GCCAGCAGCAGCCUUGCGCCUCGACACGGAUAAAUCCUGCGGCUGUUACUUUUCUAGCUCAUCUCCGAUGAGGAUGGAGGUGGCGAAGCAGGAGCAGGGAGGCUUUGCUCCCUGCCCUGGUUUGAGCUCAUCCCGUCCUGCUGCACGGAGAGAUGAUCCCGCUCGGAAAGGUCUCCUGGUUCCGAUUCCGCAGCUCGCGCCGCUCCGUGUCCUCUCCCACCCCAUCUUGUUUGCUCACCCAGCCCGGCUGGGUUUUGCCACGCCGGCGAGAGGAGCGAGCUCACGGAGGGGCACAGCAAAGGGAAUAAAUAAACCAGUGGUGGGAAGCAGGAGGUGGAGGGAGCGGGGCUCUCCCCGCCCCGUGAAGGUAGUGGUAGAGCAGCGUGGGGGGGCUCACGCCAGAGCUGUGCCCCCCAAACCUGGCAGAAGGUCUGCGCAGGAGAUGAAGCACAUGGAGAACAUUUCCAGCCUCUUGCAGGGCGGCAGCCCGGGCGAGUAUCAGCGGCUGGAUCCCAAAUCGGAGCGAGAGGCGGUCGCUGCUCCCGGGGAGCAGCCCUGGGAGAUGAUCAUGGACAAGAAGCACUUUAAGCUCUGGCGGCGGCCGAUCGAGGGCACCCACUUAUACCAGUACCGAGUGUUUGGGUCGUACACAGAUGUGACUCCCAGGCAGUUCUUCAAUGUCCAGCUGGACACUGAAUAUAGGAAGAAGUGGGACUCGCUGGUCAUCAAAUUAGACGUAAUUGAGAGAGACCUGGCCACUGGAUCGGAAGUGAUUCACUGGGUCACUCAUUUCCCGUACCCCAUGUACUCGCGAGACUACGUAUACGUUCGGCGGUACAGCGUAGACAAAGAGAACAACCUGAUGGUGCUGGUCUCACGGGCAGUGGAGCAUCCGAGCGUCCCCGAAGACCCUGAGUACGUUCGGGUCAGAACCUAUGAAUCCCAAAUGGUCAUCCGUCCCCACAAAACCUUUGACGAGAACGGUUUCGACUAUUUGCUGACCUACAGUGACAACCCGCAGACCGUGUUCCCCCGUUACUGCGUCAGCUGGAUGGUCUCGAGCGGCAUGCCGGAUUUCCUGGAGAAGCUGCACAUGGCAGCCCUGAAAGCCAAAAAGAUGGAGAUCGAAGUUCGGGACUAUAUGUCUGCCAAACCCCUGGAGAGCGGCGGCGGCAGCGAGGGGAAGGCGACCGUGGCAGCCGCCGAGCACAAGAGCGACGGCACCUGCAGCCCUGCCCAGCUGGAAUACGCCUGA